AUGCAUCAAGCCCCAAGCGCUGUCACGCCGGUCCCUGCUGCCGUGCACGCUGCCCACAGCCACAUCGGCGAAGAAGGAGGUCAUCAGGGUGGUAUACUGCGAUCACUGAAAGAGAACUGGGCGAGGUUGACCCGAGUCCAAGAAUACGAUGGACAAAUUUGGGAGUUGGCCUUGCCCACGCUGGGUGCCGUGUUGAUCGACCCUUGUCUGUCUCUAGUGGACACCAUGUUUGUGGGAAAACUCGGCCACGUAGCCCUGGCAUCGAUGGGUCCAUGCACGGCUCUCUACAACAUGAUCUUCGCCACAGCUUCUUGCAUGUUUUCCGUGUCCACCGCCGUGCUGAUCGCCCGCUACAAAGCCCUUGGCGACGGACAGGCGACGGGCCGGACUCUCUUUACGGCCAUCACCUCCUCUGUCGCGUUGGGAAUUUUUUUCACCGUCCUGAUGGCGUCCCGACCGUCGCAAGCCCUCCGCUUGAUGGGGGCGAGCUCACCAGAGAUGAUUCGGCUCGGAGCCCCUUAUCUUCUUUGGCGUGCGACGGCUCUACCGGCCAAUAUGUUCCUCCUGGUGGCAGGCGGCGCAUUCCGCGGUAUCGGAAACGCGAGGGAAAACUUUACGAAUGGACUCGUGGUGGGGCUAGUCAACUUGGUCCUCGACCCGGUUUUGAUGUUUUCGUGCAAUCUGGGGGUGGCAGGCGCCGCGAUGGCUACCGCGAUUGCCCAGUGGAUCGGUGCUUUGUCGUACAUCUUCAAGAUGACCCGAAGAAAAGAAGCGUUUGGGUUGAACCUAGGGUGGAAAAUCAUCCCGGGGAUGGCAGACGUGCAAGAGUUCCUGACCGCGGGGACGGCCAUGCUCUUCCGCUCCCUGUGCAAUGUGGGGGCCUGGACCCUUAUGGCAUCGAUAGCGACCCGGAUGGGAGUGGUGGAGAUUGCGGCGCAUCAGUUGAUCCUCAGCAUGUGGCUGGUUAUAGCCUUCGUACAAGACGCGGUCGGGGCCGCGGGCCAGGUCUUGGUCUCCCAGCAGCUUGGUAAUCCGGGCAGCAGUCGGCAUGCCAUCCGGAGGGGAAAAGCCCGGGCCCGCGCCAUCGCGAAGAGGGUCAUCAGUUUUUCCGCGAUCAUCGGCGUGGCCCUGUCUUUGAUAGGUCAGAUCGUCCUCCCCUCCCUAAUCCCUCUCUUCUGCUCAUCCCCUGAGGUAAUCGCACUGACCAGUAGCGUCUUGCCUAUCGUCCUUCUCGGCUUCCCCGUGUGUUGCGUGGUAUGGACGUGGGAUAGUGUUUACUAUGGGGCAAGCGAUUUCAAGUAUAAUGCUAAGGUGAUUGCUGUCUCGUCCUCCAUUGCUGUAUCGUUAACGUUGGCGUCCUUGCACUACGAGUGGGGGUUGCUAGGGUUGUGGUCGUCGAUGGUUUUUGUUUAUUUUGGCUUACGUGUUGUCGCGCACUAUAGGAGAUUUAAUUCAGAACACGGUCCCUUCGGAAAGAGCACUUUGUCGUUGAAUGAAAGGGAUGAUGGCGCAGGCCAGACGUUGAUGAGUGAUGCGGUACCACAGAUAAGCUGA